GGUGAAAAGUUUGGCCCCUUUGCAGGGGAGAAGCGAAUGCCACAGGAACUGGAUGAGAACACAGACUGCAGGCUCAUGUGGGAAGUUCGUGGGAGCAAGGGUGAGGUCCUCUAUAUCCUGGAUGCAAGCAACCCACGCCAUUCGAAUUGGCUGCGAUUUGUCCAUGAGGCUCCAUCACAGGAACAGAAGAACCUGGCAGCCAUUCAGGAAGGGGAAAAUAUUUUCUACCUGGCUGUGGAAGACAUUGAAACAGACACAGAACUUCUGAUUGGGUACUUGGAUAGUGACAUGGAAGAAGAGGAGGAGGAGGAAGAAGUAACUAUCAUCCAGGAAGAUGAAGACAGUGGCAACAAUAAAGAAGUGCAACCAGCUGGUGAAAAAAUUGCAGAUCCCCUCACCUGUAAAGAGGACCAUGCAUGCCCAAACUGUGAAUCCAGUUUUGCCAGCCAAGAGAUUUUAGCUGAACACCUUCAGACUUUGCACCAAAAACCCAGUGAGGAAAAGGAAUUUAAGUGCCGAAAUUGUGGAAAGAAAUUCCCUGUUAAACAAGCUCUACAAAGACAUGUACGUCACUGCACAGAGAAUAUCAGCCCAGGAGACUCUUCCAGAAGUUUUCAGUGCUCUGUUUGCAAUACUUCCUUCAGCUCAGAAUCGAGUUAUGAGCAGCACAAGGAGGCAUGCAGAGGGGAUGCCAGAUUCAUAUGCAAGGCAGAUAACUGUGGGAAGAGGUUCAAGAGUAAGGAUGCCCUGAAAAAACAUAAAGAAAAUGUUCACAGUGGAAAUUCUAGGAAGAAGCUGAUGUGUUCAGUGUGCAGUAAGAAAUGUUCCUCAGCAGCAAAUCUCCAAGAGCAUCGAAAGGUCCAUGAGGUCUUUGAGUGUCAGGACUGUGACAAGAAAUUUAUUUCGGCCAACCAGCUAAAACGCCACAUGAUAACUCAUUCAGAAAAACGCCCCUACACCUGCGAGGUUUGCAAUAAGUCCUUCAAACGACUUGAUCAAGUGACUGCACACAAAAUAAUACACAGUGAAGAUAAACCUUAUAAGUGCAAGCUUUGUGGAAAGGGAUUUGCCCACAGAAAUGUUUACAAGAAUCACAAGAAG